CCAUAUUGACUGGCCCACCGCCGCCGCCAUCGCUGGAAACGGUGUCGCAGUAGCUCAACCCCUCGAAUGCGCCCCCCCUGACGCUCUCGUGCAGCUCGCGAGCGACAUCAACACCCGCACGCCAGCCCGGCGCCCACGCACACUUUCCGGCACGCACCCUCGAGGCCACAGUUGACUCGCGCGCCUGCGCGCAGUCCAUGCCAUCACCGCCGCCAUGAGUCGUCUCCUGACGGCCAGGCAAGCCGAGGAGCUGCACCGCUCCAUCAUCUCCUACCUCGAAGCCAGCAAUCUCCCCGAGAGCGCCCUUGCCAUGCGCAAAGAGCUCGCCCUCGACGAGUCGGCCUUCGAUGCUGCCACCACAAAGAAAUAUGAAACGCUCCUGGAGAAGAAGUGGACGAGCGUGGUCCGGUUGCAGAAGAAGAUCAUGGACCUUGAAUCGGACAAUGUGUCGUUACGAAACGAAUUGGACAGUGUCGUGGCCACGCCGCUCUUCAAGCGCAAGCAGGACUCGAAAUCAUGGCUGCCUUCAGCACCAGCACGGCAUACGCUGAAAUCGCAUCGCUCCGCAGUAAACUGUGUGGCUUUCCACCCAGUCUUCUCGUCAAUCGCGUCAGGUGACCAGGAAUCGACCAUCAAGAUCUGGGACUGGGAGCUUGGCGAGCUGGAAAAGACGCUGAAAGGUCACACAAAGUCAGUGACCGGGGUGGACUACGGAGGCCCGGCCGGCAACACGGUCCUCGCGUCGUGCAGCUCCGAUCUGACGAUCAAGCUUUGGGACCCCGCAGACGACUACAAAAACAUCAGAACGCUUUCGGGUCAUGAUCACACAGUUAGUGCCGUCAAGUUCAUUUCUUCCGGGGCCUUCGGUGCAGCAUCUGGCAAUUUGCUUGUCAGUGCCAGCAGAGACCAAACCUUGAGGAUAUGGGACGUCACUACCGGCUACUGCUUGAAAACGCUACGGGCACAUGCCGACUGGGUGAGAGACGUAUCGCCAUCUUUUGACGGAAGAUUUCUCAUCUCCACUGGCAACGAUCGCACGCUCCGGCUGUGGGACAUGUCCGGGUCGAAUCCCGACAACAAGGUCACAAUGAUGGGCCACGAGAACGUUGUGGAGUGCUGCGCGUUCGCGCCGCCAUCGUCCUACGAACACCUGGCCACCCUGGCUGGAUACAAGAAGCCCCCUGCCGCUAGCAGCUCGGCAGAAUUCAUGGCUACUGGCUCACGAGACAAGACGAUCAAGCUUUGGGAUGCUCGGGGGACAUGCAUCAAGACCCUGGUUGGUCAUGACAACUGGGUGAGAGCUCUAGUCUUCCACCCAGGAGGCAAGUACCUGGUCUCUGUGGCGGACGACAAGUCGAUACGAUGCUGGGAUCUCAGCCAAGAAGGAAAAUGUGUCAAGACCAUCAAGGACGCCCACGAGCAUUUCGUCACGUGCAUAAGGUGGGCGCCACUAAAGGAAGCAGCAAGUGCAGCAGCCGCAGCGGCGACAGCAGCCAACGGAGAGAACGGCGGCACACCGAGCAAGCCUCCACCCGCAGCCGGGGCCGCACCUGAGGUGCAGACGCCGUGUGUCCUUGUGACAGGAAGUGUGGACAUGAUGCUGCGGGUAUUUGCCAACUAGAGUCCGACUGUGGAACGCAAGGACGGAGAUGAGAGCAGAUGAGGUCUUGUUUUAUAGAUGGGGUAUAGCGCCAAGGAAGGGUGCCAAAACACUAUUUCCGUUGUGAUCAUCAUUUUGAGGUCCAGGCAGGACGCAUUCAGAGCAGGUUUGGGAGAUGCAUUUGGGCCAGGAGAUCUGGCUGGAAGAUACACCAGAAAUAAAAGAGAUAUCCCGAGACUUACUGGGGUCUAUGCCACGUCACACGAAGCUCAACACUA